AAUUAUUAUUAAAACUAAAUUAUUUGGAAAAAUUAAUUAUUGAGUUGAUUUAAAAAUGUCUGCAAAACAAAAGUCAUCGACCAACAACAAAAAUAAAUCGCCAUUAUCAAAAGUUAGACCGUCUAGUGAAAUUAUAGCUGCGAAAAGAAAGGCUGCUGCUGAACAAAAGUUGAAACUCCUGCAGACAAAGGUACCAGACACUAAUUUUAUUUACGAUAUUUAUCAAAGUGCAAUGGAUUCACGUCUGCUGACUCGGAGAGAGACGGGGUUAGUUUAUGAUUAUUCGAUGGCAGAACAUCAAUGCCUCUGGGACAAAAAUUAUCCAGAAUGUCCUCAAAGAUUAACUAGAACGCUAGAACGAUGCAAAGAACUCGGGUUGAUUGAUAGGUGCAAGAACAUCAGCCCGAGGUUGGCGACAAAUAAGGAGUUAUUGCUGAAACAUAGUCGCAAGCAGAUUGAUAUUCUGAAGGCGACUGAUGGGUGUACUGAUCUCACUAAACUCGAAGAUUUAUCUUCCAAAUAUGACGCUAUUUAUGUUCAUCCAUCAACAUAUAAAUUGUCGAAAUUGGCCGCUGGAUCGACAAUUAAUUUAUUACAAGCUAUUUGUAAAGAAGAAGUUCAAAAUGGAAUGGCAAUAAUUAGGCCACCGGGACAUCAUGCAAUGAAAACAGAAUACUGUGGUUACUGUUUCUUUAAUAAUGUAGCCAUUGCAGUUGAGUCAAUGCUGAGUGAAGGCUUAGCCAAGAAAGUGCUAAUUGUCGACUGGGACGUCCACCACGGACAAGCGACGCAGCAAAUGUUUUAUGACGAUCCCCGCGUCGUGUAUUUCUCGAUCCACCGCUACGAGCAGGGUGAAUUCUGGCCUAAUUUAAGAGAAUCUGAUUACCACUACGUCGGUGAAGGCGCGGGUAUUGGAUAUAAUUUCAACAUACCCCUCAAUAAAACUGGUAUGACGAACGCAGAUUAUCUAGCAAUCUUCCAGCAAGUUCUACUGCCUAUGGCAUACGAGUUUCAACCAGAUCUCAUAGUAAUUUCAGCAGGUUACGACGCCGCUCUCGGCUGUCCCGAGGGAGAAAUGAAAAUAACUCCAGCAUUUUACGCGCAUUUACUUUCACAAUUACUCAGCCUAGCCAGCGGAAAAGUAGCUGUGAUUCUCGAAGGCGGAUAUUGCUUAGAGUCUCUGUCAGAAUCAGCGGCUCUAACUUUAAGAGCUCUUCUAGGUGACCCGUGUCCAAUGAUAUCAACCCUCGAUCCACCUUCAGCAAGUAUCCGAGAGACAAUUUUAAAUGUAAUUUACGCACAAAAGCCUUACUGGAGCUGCUACGAGUUCCAGGACAUAUACAGUAUCCACUCAGAAGAUACCAAAGAAUGCGACCGUCACCUUCCAGAGAUAGUUUUCAAAGAGAAUGAAACUAAACCAACUGUCUACGAGACCCGAAAUUAUUACCCAGUACAAAGUGACAUUUUUCUAAAUGACAUUCGCAACCAAUUACUUUCCCUUCAAUUGACUACCAAGUUAAACAAAGCUCCUCACCGAGUGUCCUUGGUCUACGACGAGCGUAUGCUGAAGCAUUGCCACCCUACCGACACGAGGCAUCCUGAAAUUCCUGAAAGAAUCUCUGGAAUAUUUUCCAAGCACGAAGAGUACGACUUGCUCAAGCGGUGUCACAGAAUUCCCGGUCGGAUUGCCACAGAGGAAGAGCUUCUGCUAGUGCAUACUGAAAGCUACGUAGAAAGUAUGAAGGCGACUGAAAAAAAGAAAAUGUCUGAAGUUCACAAAGAGUCACGGAACUUUGAGUCCGUUUACCUCCACACCGAGACAUGGUCCAGCGCUAGCGUAGCAGCAGGUUCAGUUCUGCAGGUGGUUGACAGCGUUCUCAACGGAGAAAGCCAGUCAGGAGUCGCGAUAGUUCGUCCUCCAGGACAUCAUGCCGAGCGUGACGCAGCUUGUGGCUUCUGCAUCUUCAACAACGUUUCCAUUGCUGCGCGUUACGCUACUGAGUUUCACGGAUGCAAGCGCGUGUUGAUCCUCGACUGGGAUGUCCAUCACGGCAACGGGACUCAAGCGAUAUUUGAAGAAGAUCCUCAAGUUCUCUACAUCUCAAUUCACAGGUACGACAAUGGCUCUUUUUUCCCUUCCUCAGAGCAAGCUAACUACAACGUCGUCGGGAGGGGAAAAGGCGAAGGCUUCAACGUAAACAUUCCCUGGAACCGCAAAAAAAUGGGUGACACUGAGUACAUUGCUGCCUUUCAGCAGAUCAUUAUACCAAUUGCUUAUCAAUUCAACCCGGAAUUAAUUCUUGUAUCUGCUGGGUUUGAUGCGUGUGUUGGAGAUCCUCUUGGUGGCUACAGCGUUUCUCCGGUAGCUUAUGGACACUUUACUCACUGGUUGUCAUCGCUGGCUAAUGGUCGGCUGAUUUUAGUCUUAGAAGGCGGGUACAAUGUCAACUCAAUCUCUUACGCAAUGACCAUGUGUACUAAAGCUCUUCUUGGAGAUCCUCUGGCUCCUAUAACUCGCAGCACUGCUGCUUUGUCUACUUCUGCUAUUACUAGUAUUAAAAAUGUUUUAAAAACUCAUAAACCAUACUGGCCAAAUUUAGUUUAUCAAGCUGCGUUGCCGAAAGAAAAUGUCAUUCCUCAACCAGUGAGUCUUAAGUUUGACAUGAGUCCAGGAGUGGAGUCCAAAAUUCUGCAAGAAGAAUGGCAAACUGAGAAAAAUGGAAUCCAUCAGCUGUCUAAAGAAAUGGGUGGGUUGAAUGUCAACCAAAGUGGCCAGGCCAAGCAGUGUUCUGAUUCUCAAGAACAAAAACCGGGGAAGGUUGAGGACCAACCUGGGUGUAGCUCUAGCCAAAGCAAGCCUGGAUCUUCGAGAGUUAAUCCAACUGAUUCGGGGAAUCCCCAUGAAGAUAAACCGCUGAUGGACAGUAUGAUGUUUGCAAUAAUUCCUUUGAGUUAUUGUCCUCACUUGGAAUUGAUAGCUGAGGUUCCGGCACAAGGUAUUGAUGUAAAAGCUCCUUGCAAAGAGUGCAAUAGUACAGCCGAAAAUUGGAUCUGUCUUCACUGCUAUGGGGUUAAUUGCGCGCGAGCUGUUAAUCAACAUGCUAUUCUCCAUGGACAAGAUGAAGGACACCCUUUGACUCUCAGCUUCACUGAUCUUUCUGUCUGGUGUUAUGGAUGCGAAGCCUACGUUGAUAAUCCGAGACUUCACGCUGCUAAAAGCGCCGCUUACCUCAGUAAAUUUAACGAAGAACUUCCUUGGAUUUAUGAUGAACCUCGUAUUGAAAUGUGAAAUAUAAUAUAUUGAUUAAAUAUUUUAA